CAGGGGCGGAAAAAUGUAAGAGUACCAGGAUGAAGAUUUUCCAGAAAGGACUUUGAGUUAAGAAGGCAUUUUCUAUUUGACAAGUUUUAGGUUCCAAAGGGUGUUUGAUUUUUGUCUUAUUUUGUCACUUUAUAUUUCCCAGGAGCCAAAAUAGCACAUGGUUUUUUCAUAUUAAUGAAGAUCAUUGUGAAACAGAAGAUUGAAUAAAGCCUUCUAAUACUGGACCUAGAUUAGAGGCUUAGAAAAUAAUUAAAGUUAAUCACAUGGCUUUGGUGUUCUAGUUUAACAAAACUUAUAAUUUUUUAUAAAUAGAUUUAGGAAGUAGAAAUUAAAUUUUGUUGCUAUACUAAAGUUAUACUAAUAUUUAUUCUGUUUUUUUCUUUUCUGUUUGAUUGAGAAAAAAAGUAAAAACUACUAGUUAAAGUGAUUCAGAAUGAAGUAUACCAAAAGGAAUUAUGCACUAUCUGUUGCUGGCAUCGUAAUCUAUGUACUUGAUUUAAUCAUAGAUAUCUAUGUUUCUGUCAAGUUUUUCUAUGAAGGAGACUUAGUUUAUGGUAUUUUAAUGGUAGGCUUUAUGCUUUUUGGAGCACUCGUUGUCCAGUGUUUUAGUUAUUCUUGGUUUAAGUCUGAUUUAAAGAGAACAGGCCAAGAAGAUCAGCAUUAUUUUUUUCUACUUCAUUGCUUGCAAGGAGGAGUUUUUGUAAGAUAUUGGUUUGCAUUGAAAAAUGGUUAUCAUGUGGUGAAACGUAGCCGCAAAACUGACACAUUUAUUGGAGAGCAAAUUGAUCCUCUUAAAGAAGUUAUAAACAGAGUGACUGAUUUGAGCAUGCUCAGGUUAUUUGAAACCUACAUGGAAGGUUGUCCACAACUUGUUCUUCAGCUCUACAUCUUUCUGAACGAUGGUCCAAAAUGGAUUCAGGGUGCAGCCAUCAUAGUCUCUUGCUUUGCCAUUUCCUUGUCAACUGUUGACUAUCAAAUAGCUUUAAGAAAUUCCUUACCUCAUAAAAAUCUUCUUAGUGGAUGGAGUUCCAGAGUUAUAUAUCUCUUUUACAAGUUGUUUACAUUAUCGUCUUGGAUGCUGAGUAUUGUACUACUUUUAUUCUUAGAUGUUAAGAUCGCUUUAGUGUUGUUGUCAAUUCUUUGGUUUUUAGGAAUAUUGUGGGCAUUUAAAAUGAAAACUCAGUUUUGUUCUUCCACACUUAUGGAAUACUUAUAUAGGACUGUUGUUGGGUUUAUUCUUAUCUUUACAUAUUUUAAUAUUAAGGGAGAGAAUACCAAAUGUUCAAUGUGUUGUUAUUAUAUUGUAAGGAUACUGGUCACUUUUGGGAUAUUAAUUGUGUUCUGGUUUUACCCACUUUCUAUUUUUAAUACAGAGUACUUUGUACCUAUUACUAUCACUAUAGUUCUUGCUUAUAUCUUUGGGAUUAUUUUUCUAGUUGUUUAUUAUAUGGCUUUUCAUCCAAAGAGAAGAGAAGAAGUAGUGUUUGAUGAAGUUGAUGGAAAAUCAGUUCAAGGAAACUGUAGAGUAGAAUUUUGCUUAAUGAUAUAAAUUAUUCAUUAUGAGAUGUUUUCUUGCUGUUUUUGUUUAUUGGUUAGUA